AUGAAAUUCUAUUUUAUUUUUACUAUUUUACUUUGUUUUAAGUUUUUAGUUGUUUAUUCUUCAUCCACUCCAUUAACAGUAUGCAUGUCAGCAAAAGUACAAGGUACUGAACCUUUAACAGAAUCAGGUUCAUGUGGAUAUGGAAAAUAUGAUGGAUUGGUAAAUCCAGGUGUUUAUACUGCUACUCUUAAUGAGAUGUUCUAUGAUUCCGGUGCACGUUGUGGAGAUUGUUUCGAAAUCACUGGACCAAAUGGUACUACCACUAUCAAGGUAGUCAAUUUCUGUUCUGCUAAAGACUGUCCAUCGGAUCGUCCAUUCUUUAUGUUAACUCAAAAUGCUUUUGCCAAGAUUUCAUCUGAUUCCGUUGUAUACGAUGCAGGUUUCAGACGUGUCAGUUGUUCAUCGUCUGGUCCAUUGAGUGUAAUCCAACAGAACGAUACCUCUGACUAUUACAUCAAGCUGUUGCUUUUCAACAACAACGUUGGUAUCUCAAUGGUUACCAUCCAAGGAAAGGGUGCCAAAUCAAGCAUCGCAAUGCAAAGACAGAAUAGCUCCGAGUUUUCUUGGACCGGUCAAGAGAAAAUGAGUUUCCCAGCCACAGUUACCGCCACCUCGAUCUUUGGUGACAAAGUAUCUUGGGUGAUGUCCGGUGUUGAAAAGAUGAAGGUAUUCCAAUUCAGUGGUAAUUUCGCCGAUAAAAAGGUCAUUAAGAAUCCACCAGAAACCUGCACACUCUCACAGACACCAGCUACCAUCUACAACGAUUCAUUGGCCGAUGGCUUCAACACUUUCCAAUCGAAAUCAUACUCUGAUCUCAAUACUACCGAUUUCUCUGAGCACUCUGCAGGUUCGAAUUCCUCGCUCAAGAUCACUCUCGUCGGUAUCAACUCGUACCUCUCACUCUCAAGACAAGGUGAGUUCAAUAGUGACUACUUUACCGGUAUCAAAUUCUCUGUGAAAUGUAAUCAACCAAAGUGGAGUGGAUUAAAAGUGUUUUUCAGCAACGACUCUACCGCUUGGACACCAACUGAACCAAUCACCAAAGACUGGUCGAUGCACACUGUAGACUUUAAAUCACUUGGACCACAUUCAACCAAUGUGAAAUCCAUCAACUUUGGUAACAAGGUAGACGGUGAUGUAACACUUUGGUUUGAUGAUAUAUCAUUUAUUGUCGAUCCUACUAAAAUCAAUAAUAGUACAAUCAUUAAUAAUCUUUCACCACUAAACACCACCAGCACUACAAUCAUUCCAUCAACAACCACCAACAAUCAUCCAUCAACCAAUAGUGGUACCACCACAGAUAUCAACGAUGAACAUAGCACAACCGAAGAGAUUGUACAAUUUAAAAAUGUAUCUUCUUUUUAUAAUACAUUGGAGGAAUCUAUGGUAAUUCCAAAUAACACUUUUUAUCCAAAUAUUACUAUAACCUAUGGUAAAGAUUCAGUAGUUUCCAAUACAAUACUACCAGAAGAAGUGUACAAUCGUAUCGACCUAUUCUCUGAUCUAAAGGAGUACCAUGCUCUUCAACAUAGUGUUACUCCUGGACGUGAUCAAUCUAUUGAAUUCAAAUUCUCAUUCCCAACAGCAGACUUUUUCUUUAUCGUUUUUGGAAAUGUUUAUCAUCUUCCACUUGAAAUCAUUUCACCAGAUGUUAGAUUCAUACAUUAUAAAGAUGGUUCUAUUUUUAAAGGAAAAUAUCAUCAACAAUAUUCAAUUUGGAGACCUGAUUCACCACUUAGUUCAUUGUUACUUCAAUAUAACUUUGAAUUCUUUGAAAAAUGCUCAUUGGAGACUAUGUUUUAUGCUUUGAUCUACACAAAAGACUGUAAAUUGGCAUUAGAUCCUGUAAAGGUUCGUGGAAUAGUAUUUGAAGAUUUGAAUAACGAUGGUAUCAGACAAGACAAUGAGAGAAUCUUGACCGUUCACGAUCAUAUCAAUAUGACAAUCAUAUCUAAAAACAUAAUGAAACAUUCACAACAUAGCAAUUAUAUUAGUAAGGUCUACAACAAUAUCGACAACACUGAAGACACUUUAAAUGAAAAGGUAAUAUCAUUUAAUAUGGAUCAACUCAUUCCAUUCUGUGUGAAAUUUGCUAUUAUUCCAUCAAAAGACUACCAUUUAGGAAGCAAAGGAGUAGACAAUGAUAUUGGUGAAAGUGGUUACCGUUGCUUCACAUCAACAAUCUAUGAAUUUGGUAAUGAUAAAUGGAUACCCAUAAGCAUUGGAAUUGUACCAAAGAAUAACACCUCUGAAAAAUAG